AGCGCAGGAACCCCAGUCCCUUACGUCCUGACCGCAGCGUUCGUCUGUGAUGGAGCUUUUCGAGACCAACCCUUACUUCUUCCCUGACCAGCGCUUCUACGAAGGGGGCGACAACUACUUCCCCUCUCGCCUGCCCGGCGGGUACGACCAAGGGGGAUACCAGGACAGGAACUCCAUGAUGGGGCUGUGCGGGGGUCUCUCUGGAGGCGGUGGGGUCGGGGUGACGCAGAUGGAGGACAAGGCGUCUCCGUCCAGCCUGUCACCUCACGCCGAGCCCCACUGCCCGGGCCAGUGCCUGCCCUGGGCCUGCAAGCUGUGCAAACGAAAGACGGUGACCAUGGACCGCCGGAAAGCGGCCACACUGAGGGAGAAGAGGCGUCUGAAGAAGGUGAACGAGGCGUUCGAGGCCCUGAAGAGGAGCACGCUGAUGAACCCCAACCAGAGGCUGCCCAAAGUGGAGAUCUUGCGGAGCGCCAUCCAGUACAUCGAGAGGCUCCAGGCGCUCGUCUCUUCCCUAAACCAGCAGGACAGUGAGACGGGACAGCAGGGGAUCCACUACCGGCCCGGCCCGGCCCAGCCCAGAGUGUCAUCGUCAAGCGAGCCCAGUUCAGGCAGCACCUGCUGCAGCAGCCCGGAGUGGAGCAACACCCCUGACCAGUGCACACAGAGCUACAGCAACGAGGAUCUGCUGAGCGCCGCCGAAUCUCCGGACCAGGGCAACAUGCGCUCCCUCACCUCCAUUGUCGAAAGCAUCUCGGCAGGAGACGGGACCGUGCCCUACCCGGUGGUGCCCGUGGACAUUUCCAAGUAA